GUGUCACUCUGUGGGAAGCUAUUUAUUUCAAUUUUCAUUAAAGCGGAAACAUCGAUUUGGGCGCCAUUUUCAAAAUAGUUUUGUGAGAUAUUUUUAAAAUUAAAAUCUCUUUCUUGUUAUUUUUUCUUUCAACAAAUCAUGUGCGAUGAAUUUAAAGAGCUUAUCCAAGCUUGGAAGGAUACUUCAAAGUUGCUUGACAGUGCUGGUGACUCUAAAACACUCUUCAGCGUAGCAGAUGAAAUAAAGGAAGAUGUCGAGGUAGCCAAUCAACAAAAUUUGAAUAUGAAACGAAUUCAUCAAACUUUGCUUGCACUUCUACAUACAGAGGAAAAAUCAAAUUCAAAAUGCUUCCAUCAAAACAUAGAAAAUGGAGAGGUGAUUUCGAGUUUGCAAGAAGAAAAUGCAAGAAAAGUUGAGGAAAUAGAAAAUCUUAAUUCACAACUUCACUGCUUGGAGAACACAAUUAAAGAAACAGAGUCAGUUGGUGUAGAAAUUCGUAAGGAAAAGUACCAGAUUCAAAAAAAGGUUACAGAUGCAUUGCCUAAAACCAAGUACUCAUUCAGCUUGUAUUCCAAUAUUACACGUCUUCGAUGGGAUUAUGAUAGUGGAGAUGACAAACUGCAAGGAUUUGUUACAUCACUUCAAGAUGUGAGGCCUUUCUCUCUUGAUUUGAAAGAUCACAGUGACCAUUUCAUUGCAAAUUACCUCUGGGAUGUAAUUGCGUCUGCAGUAUCUAGUCAGAAAUGAACCGUUGACAUUGCCCAUGUUUAAUUGGUAAAGAAUGUAUCUUUAAAGUAACCAUGGCAACUUAUUUGUAUCGUCUAACUGUCUUUUAGUCAGUGAAGUAUUGUUCACCAUAGUAAAAUAUUGAAUAUUUCACCUUGUGCACUAUGAUGGCACAUUGCUGCAAAAAUUAAAGUAAACUCUCUCUAUAGACAGGUGUUGUUGUAAAUAUCCUUAGACUGUGUCAAGGUUUCAUGGUAGCAAAUUUUAUCAUAAUAAAACGAAGAAAAUCUGUGAA